AUGUUUCCGCUGAUCGCUGUUCCGUCAAACUUAAGUUUUGGUACGACAGUCAAAACUAUGCUGCAAAUUCUAACAAUUGAAACAGCAAACAGACGAUUUCUCACUUAUGACAUCCAUCAUAUGUGUAAAACUACGAAUAAUUGUGCUCGACAUUUUGUUGAACAAAAGAUUUCCCAAAUGCAAAAUCGAUCGUACAAUCGCACCGAUAUCUAUUCUAGUUUACAACGACUGUUGUUCAAUCAAUCGACAUUAUCCGAAAAUCUUGCUUGUUGUAAUAUGAGCAAUGAUAUUCGGCAAUGUUCUAUUCUAGAUCCAUCUGUUUCUUGUCAUGUUAUCGAUGAUCUUAUAAGACUUUUAGGUUUUAUCGGCGUUUAUGUCUACAUAAUCGGCGAAUAUCUGCUAGUAUUAAUAUUUAUUAUUCAAAUAACUUCGUAA